UUUGAUUGUUUGAUUACUCUUACCUUACUCCACAACUCUACCACGACCACUCUGACCAUUGCCAAGCCCAAGCCCAACCCUAGUAAACUUUAAUAACAAAAAAGUCAACAAACAAACAAAUAAUAAUGGCUUCAUCCAACAAAAUAGAAGAUCACCGUAAGAAGUGGGAUCGAGAGGAGUAUGAGCGAUUAGCUGCUGAACGGAUCCAGGAAGAACUAGACGCGCAAGAGAAAGCUCACCAAAAACAACCUCCAGUAAAGCGGGAACUCUUAAGGCAAAGAGACUACAGAGUUGAUCUUGAAUCUAAACUCGGAAAAAGUAUCGUCAUAACUAAAAAUACUCCGUCUUCUCAAACAGGAGGGUACUAUUGCAAUGUUUGUGAUUGUGUCGUCAAAGAUUCAAUCAACUUCCUCGAUCACAUCAAUGGAAAGAAACAUCAAAGAAACAUGGGCAUGUCAAUGCGAGUUGAGAAUUCAACAGUGGAUCAAGUGCGUAAACGAUUUGAGAUUAACAAGAAAAAGCUAGAAGAGAAGAAAAAGGAUUAUGAUAUAGAACAAAGAAUGAAGGAGUUGAAGGAAGAAGAAGAAAAGUUGAAAGAAUAUAGAAGAGAGAAGAAAAAGGAGAAAAAAAGAAAGCUAGAUGAAGAUAAUGAUGAUCAUAAAGAUCAACAAUCAGAGUUAGCGUCUAUAAUGGGCUUUUCUGGUUUUGGAGGUGGAAAAAAGAGCAAAUAGAAUGUCUUAACUUAGUAUAAAAAAUGUUUGUACAAUAUAAUGAUCAUGCUGUAAAUAUAUGUCUGGUUUUAUAAAUAAAUAUAAGGAAAUUUUUGAUCAGUGUAUUAUGUGUGAAAACAAUUUAUAAGUUAAAAAUCUGCCAAGUUUGAUCCGCUGAAAUACCUUAUCUUAAAAAAUAUAAUAAUAUAAUUUUAAUUUUUACAAUAAUAAUCCGGCACUGACACUGUUUGGUUAUAAUAAAAUACGAUCAGUUUUACCCGUGCUUAGCAACGAAAAGAUGACGCAAAAGAGUAUAGUGAUGUUUUUUUUUUAAUUUGCUUUAUAUAUAUUACACUCACUUUAUAGUUGUACACAUAUAUUUCCACAUAAUGCAUUGAAAUCAAUUUAAUUUAAUUCAA